AUCACUCCCUAUAAUUUUUAUCUCUUUGUUUAUCCUUUUUCUUCUUUUAAAACCCUUUUUUUUUUUUUUCAUAGCUUCAUUUUAUUAUAAAAGAACUGAAAAAGCAUCAUUUACGGAUCUUGAGCUUUAUUUCAACAAGCAAAAAAGAAAACAUUAUUUUUAUUUAAUAGUCGCCGUUUUUUAUUAUUUUUCCUUUUAUUCUUUUAAUAAGAAUGUUGUUUGAUAAAAAAGUUUCAUUGGAGUCUUCCAGUUAUCGUCGUCGCUAUCUUGCGCGCAUGUACGAUCGCUUAAAUAAUGUCAAGACCGCUUAUAAUGACUAUAGCAUCGCUUCCAGUAGUUAUGACCCCUACCAGUUGAAGCAAUAUGCCGAAGAGGUACAGUAUGACCCUCACCAACGAAGAAUCAAAUCCAUCAAGAAGGUGCCUGCUGAAAAGGAUCAGUAUCCUCCCGCUAAACGUCUUCGUUCGAUUGCUGUUUCUGCUGUAGAAUCUAUUUCACAUGCUCUUCUUUACGGUGCCUUUGCUGCUUACAAGUAUGUGUGCGCCGAAAAAAAAUUUAUCUGCUUUGAAGAACCAGUCUCGGUCUGUGAGAAUCGUCAGCAUGACAUAAUAUCACAAGAUGAUUAUAUCAUGGACUUUACGCCCACAACAAAUCAAUUUGCUGCUCCUUCAAAGCCACAAAAGAAGCCCAACAAACUCUGUUCAUGUCCAAUCGAACACAAUUAUCUUGUUGAUGAUGAACCCAAUAAGAAGUCCACUGAUCCUCGUUUUGAUCCAUCUGGCCAAUCCAUGCUCAAUGAUUCAAUUUAUGAGGAUUCUGUUCGUCAAUCAUUUGCCGACAAUCAGGAAGUCUUGGAAGAUAGUAUUCAAGCAUCACUCUCUGAAUCCAUCUAUCAAUCAUCGGUCAAUCAACCACAACAAUCUGUCUAUCAAUACUAUCAAAUACGCCGACCAAAUACAAUCAUUCGUGAAGCUAAUGUUCUCCAUGACAUUCAAGCUUUAUUGGAAGAUAAAUCAUCCAAGAGAUCCUUUGAUGAUAUUGACACUCAAGAUGAAUCUUGGGAAUACAUUGACAAGACUUCUUUGCCACCACCAAAACCACCUAGAAGAAUGUAUAAACGCAAGUAAAUAUACAUCUUUAUCCUUCAACACACCAAAAAAAAAAAAAAAAAACCUUUUGUAACAAGCUUCAUUCAUCAUUAUAAUUAUCAUCUUUUUUUUUUUUUAAUCUCUUUUUUU